GACGACGAGGGCGGGGGCCGGGAGCCGAGCCGGGCGACUGAAAGAGCGAGCGGGUCAGGCUCCGCGUCGGCCACUCUCUCCGUCCGCUGAAUGAAGUGCCCGCCCCGCUGAGCCCGGAGCCCGGCGCUUUCCCCCGCAAGAUGGACGGUUUCGCCGGCAGCCUCGAUGAUAGUAUAUCUGCUGCAAGUACUUCUGAUGUUCAAGAUCGCCUCUCAGCUCUUGAAUUACGAGUUCAACAACAAGAAGAUGAAAUCACUGUGCUAAAGGCAGCUUUGGCUGAUGUUUUGAGGCGUCUUGCAAGCUCUGAAGAUCAUGUAGCCUCAGUCAAGAAAUCAGUCCCAAGUAAAGGUCAAACAGGCAUUCGAGAAGCUAUUUCCAUGUCCUGUAUAACCAAUGGGAGUGGUACAAACAGAAAACCAAGUCAUACCAGCUCUGUCUCAAUUGCCAGAAAAGACACUUUUUCAUCUGCUGCUAAAAGUGGUACAGAAAAAAAGAAAGAAAAACCGCAAGGACAGAGAGAAAAAAAAGAGGAAUCUCAUUCUAAUGAUCAAAGUCCACAAAUUCGAGCAUCACCUUCUCCCCAGCCCUCUUCACAGCCUCUCCAAAUACACAGACAAACUCAAGAAAGCAAGAAUUCUACUCCCACCAAAAGCAUAAAACGACCAUCAACAGCUGAGAAGUCACAUAAUUCCUGGGAAAAUUCAGAUGAUAGUCGUAAUAAAUUAUUGAAGGCAGUUUCAACAUCAAAAUUAAUAUCAAAAGUUAUAAAAAAUACAGACAAGCAUAAAGAUGUCAUCAUCAACCAAGCAAAAAUGUCAACCCGUGAAAAAAACAGCCAAGAAGGAGACUAUAUUAAAAUGUUUAUGCGAGGCCGGCCAAUUACAAUGUUUAUUCCUUCUGAUGUUGACAACUACGAUGACAUCAGAGCAGAGCUGCCCCCUGAGAAGCUCAGACUGGAGUGGGUAUAUGGUUAUCGAGGAAAGGACUGUCGAGCUAAUGUUUACCUUCUUCCUACCGGGGAAAUAGUUUAUUUCAUAGCAUCAGUAGUAGUACUAUUUAAUUAUGAGGAGAGAACUCAACGGCACUACCUGGGUCAUACAGACUGUGUAAAAUGCCUUGCUGUACAUCCUGACAAAAUUAGGAUUGCAACUGGACAGAUAGCUGGAGUGGAUAAAGAUGGAAGGCCUCUGCAACCCCAUGUCAGAGUGUGGGAUUCAGUUAGUCUAUCCACACUGCAGAUUAUUGGACUUGGAACUUUUGAGCGUGGAGUAGGGUGCCUGGAUUUUUCAAAAGCUGAUUCAGGUGUUCACUUAUGUGUUAUUGAUGACUCCAAUGAACAUAUGCUUACUGUGUGGGAUUGGCAGAAAAAGUCAAAAGGAGCAGAAAUAAAGACAACAAAUGAAGUUGUUUUGGCUGUGGAGUUCCAUCCAACAGAUGCAAAUACCAUAAUAACAUGUGGUAAAUCUCAUAUUUUUUUCUGGACCUGGAGUGGCAAUUCACUAACAAGAAAACAGGGAAUUUUUGGGAAAUAUGAAAAACCAAAAUUUGUUCAGUGUUUAGCAUUUUUGGGGAAUGGAGAUGUUCUUACUGGAGACUCAGGUGGAGUUAUACUUAUAUGGAGCAAAACCACUGUAGAACCCACACCUGGGAAAGGCCCGAAAGGUGUUUAUCAGAUCAGCAAACAAAUCAAAGCUCAUGAUGGCAGUGUAUUCACACUUUGUCAGAUGAGAAAUGGGAUGUUAUUAACCGGAGGAGGAAAAGACAGAAAAAUAAUUCUGUGGGAUCAUGAUUUGAAUCCCGAAAGAGAAAUUGAGGUUCCUGAUCAGUAUGGAACAAUCAGAGCUGUUGCAGAAGGAAAGGCAGAUCAAUUUUUAGUAGGCACAUCACGAAAUUUUAUUUUACGGGGAACAUUUAAUGAUGGCUUCCAAAUAGAAGUCCAGGGUCAUACAGAUGAACUUUGGGGUCUUGCCACACAUCCCUUCAAAGAUUUGCUCUUGACGUGUGCUCAGGACAGACAGGUGUGCAUGUGGAACUCAAUGGAACACAGGCUGGAAUGGACCAGACUUGUAGAUGAACCAGGACACUGUGCAGAUUUUCAUCCAAGUGGCACAGUGGUGGCCAUAGGAACGCACUCAGGCAGGUGGUUUGUUCUGGAUGCAGAAACCAGAGAUCUAGUUUCUAUCCAUACAGAUGGGAAUGAACAGCUCUCUGUGAUGCGCUACUCAGUAGAUGGCACCCGCCUGGCUGUAGGAUCUCAUGACAACUUUAUUUACCUCUAUGUAGUCUCAGAAAAUGGAAGAAAAUAUAGCAGACAUGGAAAGUGCACUGGACAUUCCAGCUAUAUCACACACCUUGACUGGUCCCCAGACAACGAGUAUAUAAUGUCUAACUCGGGAGAUUAUGAAAUAUUGUACUGGAACAUUACAGACAGCUGCAAACUAAUCAGGAAUCGAUCAGAGUGUAAGGACAUCGAUUGGACGACAUAUACCUGUGUACUAGGCUUUCAAGUCUUUGGUGUCUGGCCAGAAGGAUCUGAUGGGACAGAUAUCAAUGCACUGGUGCGAUCCCACAAUAGGAAGGUGAUAGCUGUUGCUGAUGACUUUUGCAAAGUCCACCUGUUUCAAUAUCCCUGCUCCAAAGCAAAGGCUCCCAGUCACAAGUACAGUGCCCACAGCAGCCAUGUCACCAAUGUCAGUUUCACUCAUAAUGACAGUCACCUGAUUUCAACUGGUGGAAAAGACAUGAGCAUCAUUCAGUGGAAACUUGUGGAAAAGUUGUCUUUGCCUCAAAACGAGAUUGUAGUGGAUACUACUUUAACCAAAGCCCCCAUCUCUUCCAUUGAAAGUGUCAUGCAAUCUGGCACUCCCACACCGCCUCCUUCCCAGCCCUUAAGUGAGACAGCUGAAGCAGCAAGUAGAAUAAGCAAUUCUCCCACACUUCUGGAGAACAACCUGGAACAGACUGUGGAGCCCAGCGAAGACCACAGUGAGGAGCAGAGCGAAGGAGGCAGUGAAGACCUCAGUGAGCCUGUUGAUGAAGAGCCAUCCAAUGAGAUGAGCCAGGAGCAGAGUGAAGCCCCUCUUACUGAGGACCAGCAAGACCCUGCACCUCUAUCCUAACACCAGGGCUUGAGUGUAUGUGAUAUUGAGCUAGAGUUCAGAUAACAGGACAGGAAGUGAUGGAGGAUCGCUAUUGACCAAGAUUUUGGUUUCCAUGUGAUCAGUGUUCUUCAGUAGAAUUAUCUUCAAUCAAAUGGAACCGACCUAACGGUUCAUUUUGGUGUGCGUUGAAGAUGAACCAAACUUAAUAGUAGG